AUGAUAGCAGCAAGAAUUCCGGUGAUAGGCACUAGAAUCACGGUGACAGCAGUAAAAUUCAUGGUGAUAGACAUUAGAAGCUCAGUGAAAGCAGUGAGAACCCCGGUGAUAGCAGGCACAAUGUCCGAAAGAAAGGCUGUAAUCAAGGAUGUGGACAUGGCCGAAGACAUGCAACAGGAUGCUGUAGACUGCGCUACACAAGCUUUGGAAAAAUUUAGCGCAGGACAAGACAUUGCGACGUUCAUCCAGAAAGAGUUCAACAAAAAGUACAAUCCUAUCUGGAAUUGUGUUGUUGGAAGGUCUUUCGGAAGCAAAGUCAUUCACGAAACUAAACAUUUUAUUAUCUCUACUCUACUUGGAGAAGUUAACAUUCUCCUAUUCAAGUCGGCUUGA